AUGACGGCAAAUGACCUCUUGUCGUUCAAGAUCCCCGAGCUGCUUUGGGUGUUCACUGCCGCCAAGACCGACGUGAUUCUCGACGACCGCGAAGUGAAGACCGAUCAUACGCAACAGCGCGCUCAAGGGUGUGGCUGUGAGCUGCCGCAGCUGAUUCCCUCCUUGGCGACCACAAGGCGAAAUUGGAGCAGCGGCUGGAGCUCGUGCGCGGACCAGCCGACCUCGCUGAUGCUGCGCGGGCUGCAGCGCAUCACGUGUCCGGUGGCGCUGGAGCUCGUGACCACCAACGUCGUGGCGGGCAAGCUCCCGCUGCUCUUUCAGUGCAGCGCGCUGCUGGAGAAGCCGGCGUACUACGGCGGAUCCGCCGUCACCUUCGUGCUCAUCGUGUCGUUCACUGCCAUGCUCAUGCCCGCGCCUUGGGUCUUCGGCGUGAACGCCAUCCUUACCAUGACCUUCGACAACAUGCGCUAUCGCGACGCGCUGGAUGUUGUGCGCUGCACGCUGACUGAGGCGGACUUCCUGCAUGGCCACAAAGAGGUCGUGGUUGUGACCUCGAUUGGACCGGACAGCGCGUUCUUCAAGGGAUACAUGUACAAUCCAGAUCCGAAGUCGAAGGAACGCCAGCCACCAUUAUACACAAGAGCCAAUGUGCAACUGAAACCGUGGGGUUACGUCUAA